GUUGAGGGGAGCGACUUUGCGGUUUGUGGUACCGUUACAGAUUUUGUGCACACAAUAUCUUCGCCUAGUAAUCAAUAGGUUCAAAACAUGCCAUGCACCAAUAUCGCACCAUCACCAAAUCACGCAAGACAAUAACCUCCCCUCGCAAUUCGUAUGUGCACCGGCGCUGUCAUCCUGGCUCGCGCCUCGCGCAGUUGCUAGAGGCUUCGCGGUGGUCAACGAAGUAGGUAGGAGGAGGGCGUUGCCUUUCAGUGAAGGAAGGAAAGGACGGCUGGCAGGGCGCUUUGGUGCUUUGGUGUCUCGAUUGGUUGUCGGCAUUCUAGUCCAGAACGAGACCGAACUUGAAAGGACUGGUUUCCGGAUCUUCAGCACCAGCAGGACAACCCGUCAGAACCCUAGCAAAAGGGUUCGUGGCGAUUUAGGAUGGGACAGCACGUGACCAGGACCGACUUUGAGUGGAGCUACACGGAAGAACCGCACGCAAGCCGGCGAAAGGAAAUUCUAGCCAAAUAUCCGCAGAUUAAGAAGCUCUUCGGGCAUGACCCAAACUUCAAAUGGGUUGCAUUGGGCAUGAUGGCCCUGCAGGCUGUGCUCCUGAUGGUAGUCAAAGAUUUUUCGUGGCCGAUGCUAAUCCUCGCUUCCUACUGCAUAGGCGGAGUCAUCAACCACUCUCUCAUGCUCGCCGUCCAUGAAAUUGCCCACAACCAGGCAUUUGGCCACGGCCAACCAUUGCUGAACAGGUGGUUUGGCAUUUUCGUCAAUUUGCCCAUAGUCCUGCCAUUUUCUGUGAGUUUUAAAAUCUACCACCUUGAGCACCACCGUUACCAGGGUGACGAGAUCAAAGACACCGACAUCCCCACAUACCUGGAAGCGCGGCUUUUCUGCAAUACAUUUGGCAAGUUCUGCUGGGUGUGUCUGCAGCCAUUGUUUUAUGCAUUCCGCCCGCUAGUGACCUACCCCAAGACACCUUCCAAACUCGAAGUCAUCAACGUUAUCAUCCAAAUGAUUUUCAACUUCUUAGUAUACCAAUAUGUUGGUGGGAAAGCUUUGACCUACCUUGGUGUAGGUUCACUGCUCGCCAUGGGGUUGCACCCUGUUGCUGGUCACUUCAUUUCUGAACACUACAUGUUCAGGAAAGGCUAUGAGACUUACUCUUAUUACGGGCCUCUAAACUUUAUUACUUUCAACGUUGGUUAUCAUAAUGAGCACCACGACUUCCCAGCUGUUCCAGGCUCUAGAUUACCAGAGGUGAAGAAAAUCGCAGCCGAGUAUUACGACAAUCUGCCGCAGCACCAUUCCUGGACAGCAGUUUUGUACGACUUCAUCAUGGACCCUGAUAUUGGUCCAUAUGCGCGAAUCAAGAGGAAAUCGAAGGGUCUGGAUUAAGUCAAUAAGAUGAUUCACCUGAAAGUACUCAAAUUUACGAUCUGACUGUGGACCAUGAGUGUGCAUGAGUUUGAUCGGUGUGCACUAAAGAGUGUAAAUUAUUUUGUUAUCAAUUUGUUGAUGUGAUGCCAAUCAUCAAAUGUCUGGUAAUCUCAUUCUCUUGAGUGAAUUGCUGUGUAAAAUUUCAAACGGUUCAUUGUUCAUUGCUAAGCUAAAAGAAAAUGCGUUGCAGGUACGUGCAAGCUUGUUAAGUAUUUAAGCUAAGUAAUAAUUAAUCCUGUGUGUUCCAAAUGAUUGAGAGCUCACCAUCUCUGUUUUAUGGCGCAAGUUACCUUAAUAAAAAAAGGUGAUGUGCUGUCCGCAAUCGCUAAAUUUUAUAUUUAUUGCAUCUAUCCUAAGCACUGAUGUAGGAGUGCCUCUAAUUGCAUUUAGCUGUGCUAAUUUUGCUUACAACAUUUAUGUCACUGUAGUUCUUAUCAGUUUAACAGUGAAAGUCAUUAUUAUUUUAUUAUAUUUCAGUAGACCAGAAUUUUAUUUCUUAGAUCAUUUGUAUUUUUUGUUUUUAGAAGCAAGAAAAAAAACGUUCUCUGAUACAAAAAAAGUGUUUAUUUUAAUUGGUUCACAUGUUUUUAUGCAUAAAUACUGAUAAAUACUAAAUGAAUAAUUCACAGAAAAAUUUCUCAUCAUGGUUUUUAACAACAAAAAAGGCUGAUAUUGAGGAUUUAUAGUUAAAGAUACCAGUCAGCUUAAAAACAAGACAUUAAUCUUUGAUUUCUUAUCUUAAAUAACUUGACGGAAUUAAUUAGGAAAGUUGCAUUAUUUUUUUUUGCAUGCAAAAUUCUUAAAAAAAGGAUUGAAUAAAAUAAAUCACGCUACACCACUAUGAUGCCAGAAAUUUAGAAAAGAAAAUACAUUUUCAAACAUAUUAUAAUUAUUACAACAUGAUGCAUUGGAGCAAAGUUGAACUCAAUGAGAUGAAUUACUCUUUAAUAGGGGGCUUUUGGUCGCAGGAUUCUGGAAGCAGGGACUAUCUAUCUGUACCUUUAUAAAUUUUCGACCCUAGCCUAGACUUGAACAAAUACACAAAACACAAAAUUUGAAGAAAACAAGACAAAUCUGCAAAAUGUCCUUUAUUGACUUUCAGACCCAACAUAAACAAUGGAAUCUUUCACAAUAUUGCAACUAAAAUUUGGUGUGGGCAAGCUUAACAUUAUUCAGUUCGCACUAGCUUUUAAAAGUGGCACCAAUCAUUCCACUGAAAAAGAUAUUCAGUCAAUCAAAAAUGGAAUUCGCUACAAAACCCAUUCUAAUAAUUGUACCCCCACUUGUAUCACAUCAUUCC